CCCCGUCUUCCCUUUGUGACGUCCCGGGUCACCCUCGCGCCCCGUCUAUAAUCUGCGCCUCUUCCCCGCCGAGCUGCCGGGCUAGCUGCCUUUGCCUGCCGCCUUUGCCUGCCGCUUACCUGCCGCUUACUUGUCGCUAAAGAUGGCCUUCGUCACCCGGCAGUUCGUGCGCUCCAUGGCCUCCUCCUCCUCCGCCACGGGACCCGCGGCCUCGGCCAAGAAGAUCCUUAUCAAGCACGUGACUGUCAUUGGAGGUGGGCUCAUGGGUGCGGGGGUCACGCAGGUUGCUGCAUCAACGGGACACACAGUUGUAUUAGUGGACCAGUCAGAAGAGAUCCUGGCCAAGUCCAAAAAAGGAAUUGAAGAAAACCUCCAGAGAGCAGCCAAAAAGAAAUUUGCAGAGAACCCUCAGGCUGGUGACGAGUUUAUCAAGAAGAGCAUGGGCAACAUAUCUUUGAGCACAGAUGCAGCUUCUGUGGUCCACAGCACUGACUUGGUGAUAGAGGCCAUUGUGGAGAACCUGAAAUUGAAAAAUGAGCUUUUCCAGAGGCUGGACAAGUUUGCAGCAGAACACACGAUCUUUACCAGCAAUACUUCCUCUUUGCAAAUCACAGACUUAGCCAAUUCUACCACCAGGCAAGACCGAUUUGGGGGGCUCCAUUUCUUCAACCCUGUGCCCAUGAUGAAGUUGGUAGAGGUCAUCAAGACACCGAUGACCAGCCAGAAAACAUUUGAAUCUCUGGUGGACUUUAGCAGAGCUCUGGGAAAGAAUCCAGUAUCUUGCAAGGAUAGCCCUGGCUUUAUUGUAAACCGUCUCCUUGUACCAUAUCUUAUGGAAGCAAUCAGGAUGUUUGAAAGAGGGGAUGCGUCAAAAGAAGAUAUUGACAUAGCCAUGAAGAUGGGGGCUGGUUACCCCAUGGGCCCAUUCGAACUCCUGGACUAUGUUGGUCUAGAUACCACAAAGUUCAUCAUGGAUGGAUGGCAUAAAAUGGAUUCGAAAAACCCAUUAUACCAACCCACCCAAGUGCUAAAUAAAUUGGUAGAAGAAAAGAAGUUUGGCAGGAAGACAGGAGAAGGAUUUUACAAAUACAAGUGAUCCCCUGGGUCUCUUGAGUGGGAGGAAGUCUCUGUCAGCAGGCACCAGUUGGCCAUCUCCAGAGUCCAGUGGGAAUGCUGUUUGGUCAGAAGUUCCCUCACCCAGCCAGCCCUGAUCUUUGUGCAGUUUGAUUGUUAUCUGUCUGAAGUAAAUAAUUUUGCACUUAUGAUGUAAUAACAAAUUUCUCCAUUUGAGAACUAAUUUUUUUUAGUCUGUCUCUUUCUAUUUUUCUAUAAUCUUUUAUGCCCUUUGUGCCUUGGAACAAGUGAUGCCUUUAAAUUUAUUCAUUUUCUUGCAAAAAUAUAUGCUUGUAAAGAAGGUGAUGCCUCUCCAUGUCCUCUGUAACUGUUUGGGGAAUGCAUGUACCAACUGGUGUUGUUUGUUUUUUUAAGCUGUGCUCACUCUCAUCCAGCAGGUGGCAGUGUGUACUUUGCCUUUUAUGAGACCACGUGCAAUACUUACCUGCAUUAUGAGUUUCACCAUGUUCCUGGCAUCAAAUUUCAAACAGUCCAACCAAACACUGAAGAAUAUACACUUAGGUAUAGUCAACCCUUUUUCGGAAGAAAAACAAUCUUAGGAUUUUACACUUAAUGCAGAAUCGGUACCGUUUUUCUGGAUUUCCUAAUUAUUCACAGCCCUUUUGGAAACCACUAUACAGAUUGGAUUUAAUUACAAUAUUCAUUUUAAAAAAAUUUGUAAACUCAAGUAAUGAUAAAAGUACAGUUUGGUACUUUAAGACAAAUAUUCUGUGCUUGAAUUUCUUCCCCUCAGAAGUGGCUUGAGGGUAGGAAUCAGGACAUAGGAAAUAAUUCUGGUCUAAGUCUUCAUGUGGCUUCAUUUUCAUAAUUUCUUUUGCACAGUAUAAAAAGAGAUCUCUAUUUAAGAUGUCAAUUUCUUUGAGUAAAGGAAUCUAGGCUGCUUUUAAUCAUUGCUUGAAAAGGUAUCUUCAAAGAUAGAAUCAUGGAGUGUUAAGAUUGGAAAAGAUCUUAGGUAUUGUCUAGGCUAACUUCUUCAUUUUACAAAUGGGGAAACUGGGGCCAGAGAAUUGAUCAAGGUCACACAGCUGAGCUGGGGAUUAGAACCCUAGUGGUGGGUCAUAAGAUAAAAUACUGGUACAAAGCUGGGAAAAAAACCCUCAGGCCUAGAACAGAAGUCCGAUCAAGAAGUCAUUAUUGGAUUAUACAUUGGGUUAAAAGUUCAAUGCUAGGGAAAUAGAAGAGGGUAAGGGGCUUUUUUCCUCUAAUCACAUAUUAGCAAAAAGGAAUUCUUUCAAAUAAAACAAAACUAAAAUGAGCACACUUAUCAAUCUUCAGUGUAUAUGGGUAUAUAUGUAUGUAUAUCAUUUGAUGAAUGUACACUCAGAACAGUCUAAAGAAAUUAAGGCUUCUCUGAACAUUUUUAUAAAAUGUUUCCCAAAAAAACAAAGGAAGCACCUGUACAGCUGCCCCUAUUUCCAUUUAAUAAAGGUUAACCAUGUGGUCUAA